CUCCCAUGUAAUGUAGCGGCGCGGGAAAUCCUGUCAGUGUUGUAAAGUUUACUUUAGGCAGAAUUGUUUACAUCUAUUUAACUGGUUUAGUAAAUAGAUAUCAUAUUUGAACCCGGCGUUUCUGUGGUGUCGGAACUUGUACCACUUAUGAAGAUUAACUGAAGUCAUUGAAGUGUUUCCAGUUUUCUACAUGCAACUUUGAAGGCUAAGGCUAGCUUGAAGGUCUGUUAUUAACAUGUAAUCUCAGUGGAAGAGACGGACUGGUUUAACAUGUAACUCAGUGGGAGGACACAAGCUGGUUUUUACAUUUAACUUAGUGCGAGGACUGGUUUUUACAUGUAACUCAGUAGGAGGACACAGACUGGUUUUUACAUUUAACUCACUGGGAGGAGACGGACUGGUUUUUACGUUUAACUCAGUGGGAGGACUGGUUUCUCGCGGGCUCCAGGAUGACGGCCUCUCUUCAGCACCCGGGCUACGACCCAGAGAGACUGCUGUGCGUCGCAGAGAAGAUGCCGUGCCGAGUCUCCCAAGCGGGGACUCUACUCUCGCUCAUGGGGGAGCCAGCCCAGUACAGCUAUCCUUCCAUAUUUCUCUACGGACACCGGUCCACAGGGAAGAGCCACGUGAUCAACACUCUGCUGAUGGACCUUGAGCUGCCCCACGCCACGGUGAGCUGCGUGGAGUGUGUUUCCGUGGGGCUGAUGUUUGAGCGCGUGCUGCUGGCGCUCUUCGGUCCGGACACCUCCUCCCUGCUCCCUCGCAGCCCCUCGCUCUCAGACUUCGUCCGUAUCUACCGGCAGCAGGCCCCCCUGAGCCCAGCCAAUCAGACGCGCUACAUCGUCAUCGAGAAGGCAGAGCUUCUGAGGGACAUGGACUCAAACCUCCUCCCUGUUCUCGUCCGCUUGCAGGAACUGGUUGAUGAUAAUGUCACAGUGAUCCUGCUCAGUGAGAUCGUCUGGGACCGGUUCAGACCAAACACCGGCUGCUUCGAACCCUUAAUCCUGUAUUUUCCGGACUACAGCAAAGGUGACCUCCAGCAGAUCCUGUCCCAGGACAUCCACCCCUCCUACUCUCCGGAACUGUACUCCGCCUUCAUCAACAUCCUGCUGGGGGUCUUCUACUCCGUGUGUCGGGACCUCCGGGAGCUACGUCACCUGGCUGCCCUCAACUUCUCCAAGUUCUGUGAGCCUCUGAAGGAAGGAAAAGUGAAGGAGAGCGACACCCACAAGCUGUGGAGGAACAUCGAGCCGCAUCUGAAGAAGGCCAUGCAGACCGUGUAUCUCCGAGACGUCUCCAGUGUCCAGUGGGAGCAGCAGCUGCAGCAGACGGAGGAGAAGGAGUGUGCUGCUUUGAAAGGGCUGUCUGCCCACGCCCACGUAGAGCUGCCCUACUACUCCAAGUUCCUGCUGAUCGCUGCCUACCUGGCGUCCUACAACCCGGCCCGCACCGACCGCCGCUUCUUCCUCAAGCACCACGGUAAAAUCAAGAAGACCAACUUCUUAAAGAAACAUGAAAAGACCAGUAACCACCUGCUGGGGCCCAAGCCCUUCCCCCUGGAUCGCCUGCUGGCCAUCUUCUACAGCGUGGUGGACAGCAGGGUGGCCCCCAGCGCCAGCGUCUUCUCCCAGAUCUCCUCUCUGGUGACCCUACAGCUGCUCACCCAGCUGGGACACGACGACCAGCUAGACGCCCCCAAAUAUAAAUGCGCCGUCGCCCUGGACUUCAUACGAGCCAUCUCAAGGACUGUGAACUUCGACAUCGUCAAGUACCUCUACGACUUCCUCUAAACAUGACAACCUUGUAGCUUUAUACCAAUCUAGAACCUCAAUAUGAAAUAUGAGAGUCCAUUCGACAUCAAGGACCACAGGGCCGUGUUUGUAGAAUGCUGCCCCCUAGUGGUCGACCGAUGGUUUACUUGGUUGAAUAGAUCUGUGGCACUUAUUUCUCUACUUGCAUCCAAAUGCAAUAAAAAAUGAUACAUUUCACAUGUGUAAAUAUGGACGACAUCAUGGAAUCUAUAAUAAAUAUGAAUCUUCAGAUCAUGCUGUU